UGUCUUGAGUGCAGGCUGAGGACACCGGCUGGACGGGAGAAGGCGGCAGCGCGUCAGCAAGUCGCUCGUCAGUCGCCAGGACCGCGUUGUGAAGCGUCGUGGCCUUGAGUGUCACCCUUGUUGUGUCUCCCUGUGUUGUGCUGAGUGUUGUGCGCGUGUUACCCUCGUGGACUUGACUUGCACGAAAGUGGAAGCGUUCAAGUUGUCGCCGCCCAUCCACGCGUUCUUGUGUACCUGACCCGCGUUGUGCUGGCAGUGAAGUGAAGAAAAUCUUUGCAACUCUGAGUGAACUCUGUAAGAACACUGGAAGAAUUUCGUUUGUCGACCGAAGAGAACAGAAUUGACCCCAAGUGAACAUUUGCAAUUCUUACCAAUCAGAACCUUGACCUAGCGUUUGUGCCUAUUGGCAGGCCCUUCGCCGCCCGCACGCCCUUCGCUCGUGCCUGUGCGUGGGCGCCGUGACGAAGCGCAGCCAAGGUGCGUUACAAAGCGGACUCGGACGGUCGCUUCCUCCCGCGUGACCCUCCUAUAUGCAAACAAAAGCGCGUCGGCUCCGACCUCGCCUCCGCCUCCGCCGCCCACGCAGCCACCGACGCCCUCCUCAGGAGCCCCGGGCCCCCCAGGCCCCCCCGCGGCAGCGCCUGCAGCAGCCCGUCCGCCGCCGCCGCCGCGCCGCUCCGCCGCAGGGACAGGGUAUCUAUGUCCUUCUCGGUGGCCAACCCGGGGUCGUCGUAUGCCGCAGCGAGCGCAGCCCAGGGCGCCUGGACACCUGACCAGGACUCCGUCGUCUCGGGCUUCACCGACGCCAGCAUCUACGCGUCGCUCCAGCGCCACCCGCAGGCCGGGCCUUUCCCGCACCCGCAGCACUUCCAGCAGCAGCAGUACCACCAGCAGCAGCAGCAGCCUCCGCCGCCUCACCUCAGGCGCAAGGCGUCCUUCGUGUCUCUCCGGAGCGCCAAUGCUCGGCCUCUGCACAAGAGAGGAAGGCGUGUCAGCGAGAUGACGGCCGGAGUAGGCGGCGACGGGGGGAUGGGGGGAGAGGUGAUCGAGGUGCAGAUCCUCCCGCAGGACGACAACUGGGGAGACAACACCACCGCCAUCACGGGGAACACCUCCGUGCGCUCAGAGUCCUUCCAGGAUGUCACAAUAAUCGGGAGAGACCAGGAGACAGGUGUGACCUUCACGUGCCAGCGAUACAUUGGUUCGGCUUUGUGUGCCCUCGUGGCCUUCCUGGCUUUCCUCAGCCCCAUAGCGAUGGUGCUGAUCCCUCGCCUGAAUAUUAUUAAGCUGAAGAACGACCCGCCUCUGUGCGACACCGAGUGCGACGGCCUCCUCAUCAGCUUCUCGUUCAAGCUCCUCAUUCUCCUGCUGGGGUCGUGGGCGCUCUUCUUCAGGCAACCCAAGGCCACCAUGCCCCGAAUCUUCAUCUUCCGAGCUCUGGUGACGAUGCUCAUCCUGGUGUUCACGUUCUCCUUCUGGCUGUUCUACGUCGUGCGCAUCAUCGAGAACACGGAGAAGGUGCAAUACCGCUCUAUCGUCUACUUCGCUGUGAGUCUGGUCGACGCCUUGUUGUUCAUCCACUACCUGGCUGUGAUUCUGCUGGAACUGCGACACCUGACGCCCCAGUACAGCGUCAAGGUUCUCAGGUCACCCGACGGGGAAAGCAGGUGGUACAACAUCGGCCAGCUGAGCGUCCAGCGCGCAGCUGCCUGGGUCUUGGAGAAGUACUACCAGGACUUCUCCAUCUACAACCCCUACUUGGACCGCCUGCCCUCCAAGAAGAAGCACUCGACUAACUCCUCCUUCAAGUAUUACGAUGUGGAUGGCAACGAGGAAAAUGCUGAGGGCCAUACACGAGCUGUAUUAACUGCGAGUGCUCGACGACGUGAUUCCGCUCACAAUGAAAGGUUCUAUGAGGAACACGAAUACGAGAGAAGAGUGCGAAAGCGAAAGGCUCGGCUCAUAACAGCAGCUGAAGAAGCUUUCACACACAUUAAGCGAAUGCAUGAAGAGCAGGGUCCAAGUGCUCCAAUGGAUCCUCAUGAAGCAGCCCAGUCCAUAUUCCCCUCUUUAGCACGAGCUUUGCAGAAGUAUCUGCGCAUCACAAGGCAGCAGCCAAGACACACUAUGGAGUCAAUCCUGAACCAUUUGGCCAUCUGUCUUGCACAUGAUAUGAGUCCCCGGGCUUUCUUAGAAAAGUACCUUUUGUCAUCGCCUGUGUUACAGAAUGAUAAAGAACACCGAGGAGUCCAGUCAUGGGGUCUUGUGUGUGACCAGCUUCUCUCUCGAGCAAUUGACGAAGGCACCAUUUUCCAGCUACGUCAAGCAGAUGUGUGUCUCCUGUGCAGUGUCCAUGCUAUUCCACACUUUUCUAUAGCUGAGGAAAUCAUUCACCCGAAAAGCAACAAAUUUGUUCUCAGGCUGAACUCAGAAACCAGUGUAUAAUUCUAUAAUUUUUGUGACAAAAUGGACAUAUGGAAUUUUCGGACAAUUCAAAGUGUUAAGUGCGAUAAUGAACGCUACAUUUACUGGUUCCACUGACAUUCAAGUGAUACCCAUGUGUGUCAAUGUGUUCCCUCUGCCUACCAUGCCAAAGUUAAUAGACAACUCCCAGUUAAGUGUGUGAAUCAACUCUCAAGUUACAUCAUGUUCCUGAUGAUACUCUGAUCUGGAAUGGAAUAGGAUGACAUUGCUGUCUUCAUAUACAGUAUGUGUUUGCAUAAAAAAUAUUAAUGUCAUGUUCACAAAAAUUAUGCUUAAAAGUGAGAACCUAAGAGUGUAUUAGAGGUGUAGAGAGAAUGGACAUCUCUUGUUAUCCCUUUGGAAAGGUGAAGACAAUACGUUACUCAUACACCCAAAAGCUUUGUAAAUGGUUGUUGUCUGAUCAAGAGAAUCAGUAGUAGAAAAACUGCACAAGAAGUACACCUCAUCCCACCUGAAGCUUCCGUUGUGCUGGCCCUUAUUUGUUGUUGCCUUACGAUCUAAGCUAUGAAAUCUGUCUUUGUUUCUUUCUUUGUGUUCUGUGUACCUUUCCUUAUGAUCAUGGGACAAAGACCCAGUGCACAGUCAAGGAACAGGUUGUAUGUAUUAAUUUCCUAAGCUCAAAUAUUGUGUAUACCUUUAUUAUACCCAAGAACAGAAAGUUCACCACUUUCUAGUCGUCUGUUAUACUUGUAGAUCUGUGUGAAUGGAUUUUUUUGUAAAGGAGCAUGCUAUGAGGGAUGUAAAAUUGAAGUGUAAUUAUGUUGAAUAACUAAGUGUAGUUUAAAAUAACAUUCUCAAGAGCAUCAUUUCAUGGUAAAUAAUUCAUUCAUUGCUGCAAAUUGUGCAUACUGUACCUCUGAUGCUACAGUGCCAUGCUGAGAGAAGCAGAAUUGUGAUGUCUCUGCAUUCAUCAUUUUUUAUGUAAGAGUAACAUUAAAAAGGAAAAAAUAAUUAUCAUCAUCAUUAUUAUUAUUUAGUAAUAUGAUGACCUGAUAUGCAAUGUGUCAGUUACUAGAUUUUUUAAAUAUUUACCUUUUUAUAUUUUUAUUCAGUUGCAUCACGGCUAUAUGAGAAAUUGGAAUGCGUGAGGGUUGUUUCAUGCUAGCAAAACAAAGCACUGUUUGGAUGAAGUCCAUCAGAAUGUCCAAGAAUGAAGUAUAAUUUGAUUAUGUCGUUUCCAUUGUUUAGCGACUGCCUAGUUUCUCAAACCCAAUAUUGUGUUCUGGGCAUAGUUAAAUAUUCAGGCUAUUAGUGUCAUGUGUUUUACAUGUUGUUUGUCAUCCCUAGCUUCUCUUAGCAAGAGUUGUAAACCAGUACAAGCCCCUGCGAUGGCAUGUGAAAUUCAGUUCCAUCUGGUGCGUUUAUGUUUUUACGUAGAGCCAAAGGUUUCAAUUUACGUGUAUAUAGAGUGUAUAUAUUGAUGUUGUUAUUUUUAUAGCCAUACAGUUAGUGUGCUAUUUAUUUCUUGUGUUUGUUAUUCAUGAUUAGGCAAAAUAUCUGGAAAUUCCAUGAAAUUCGGUGUUCGACUUUUUGUUUUAGAUCUUUUCAAAUUAAUAUUCAACAUCGUUAAAUUACUUUUAAAAAUUACAAAUUUUAUUCAGAAAGUGUAUCAAAUGUUGCAUUGAGCAUUUACAUACACUAGUAAAAUUACUCAUGUACCAUUUUAUGUAUUUUUGUGUAACUUAGUUUAUGUAUCAAUCAGUUAGCAAGAUCUUAAAAUGUUUAGUAUGUUAUAUCUCAUAGACCAAAACAUUUGUAGUAACCUAUGUGUUGCUAUAAAAAGGAGUAACUUCUACCUAUUAUGGUAAAGCCAUUUUCACUGGUUAUUAUACUCAAAUAUUACAAUAGAUUUCCCAUAGUCUCAAGUCAACAUAUCUCUCAUUUAUUGAAGCUAAAAUUUUUACAGACAUUCUUUCGUUACCUCAAAUUAGGAUUAUAGUGUGCAGCUGAAUGCACUUCCUUGGAACAUGAUUGUUUCAUAUAUUUUAUGUAGUCUAAAUCAUCAAUUGAUCAUCAGUGGUCUUUUUAGGCAUAUCAACUUUGUAAAAUAGCCUAGUGAGUGCUGUUUAUAAUAGUAAAUAAAAUACAGUUAUGAGAA